AUGGACCCAGACGCCGCGACAGUUCCUGGAUUGACUAACCUGGACAGCAUUGCGCAUUGGGCUGGGUUGUCUGGAGCAAAGGACGAUGUUCGGUCACCUCGCGGCAGUCUCUUUGACCUUUUGGGAGUCGACGGGAGUGAACCUCCUCGGAUCUUGGCAUUGUUCCCAGCAACAGAUGUUUCUGCAGUGCUUGCUCGAUGGCAGAUUCCAGAUCCGCACCCUGCAACGACUUCAUCAGCGCCCACGGUAGCUCAGGCUGGUCAAGCUAGAUUAUUUGUCAGGACAUGCAGGUUCGUUUGUGGUGUGGAGACCUCAGCGGCCAGUGCAAAAGCUGCACCUACUGCACCGCCCACACCGGCGCCUGCAGCUGGCAGAAGGAUCAAAAUGGCCCAAGUGAUCAACCAGAGAGAUGAUCAAGAGAUUGAACCGCUUGAUGCACCUGCAAUACAGAGGGCAUACCGGGCCUACGCUGACAAAGUUGGUGGCUUCCCCCCGGAGGAUGAGGAGCUGAGCGCUGACCAGCUUUCGACGCUGCGCAACCUGUUCAAGUCCGGAAGAACACCAUACACCGACAUGGCCAUUUGGGGCCCCUAUCAACACAGACUCCAGAAGAAAAUGAAGAUGAGAGGAAUGCGCUUCGCUGCCAAUGGCGAAAUUCAGCCUGUGGAGAUGUACGGCCCCACAGACUACGAAGCUUGGCGGGAAUGCUAUGCAGUGUUCAGGACUGGUGCAAUCAUGUUAGAAGAGAUCACGCCAGCUCGGUUAGAUGCCUACGAGAAACUCAUCCGUAGGUACUCAGAGAGGUAUGGAAAGAGCUGUUGGCCCAUCAUCUACCAGGCUGACGUACGGGCACGCUUGGAACAGUUGGAGAGAAUUCGCCGACGAGGACAAGAAGCAGCAGAUAAGGCAGCAGCAGCAGCAAGCCUCCCAUGCUCUUUCGAUCCUAGGAAGCCAUGGGAGUGGGUCUUCGACGAGAUCAUUCGCGACGUGAACUUUUGGAAUCGUGAAGUCACUGAGCCAUGCAUGUUAUACUUGAUCGCGGAGGACGCACCGAUUGAGAAAAGUGGCACGGCGUCCUCCAGCACGGCAGCGCCUCCACGACGCAACCAGGACGAGGCAGACCGUCCACCUAAGGGACAGAGAAGACCCGACAUCAGAGAACACAAGCUGGGUGACGAUGGAUUGUUUUCUCACAACCGCAGGGGCGUUGAACUCUGUCGCCUCUUUCAGACAGGUGAGUGCAUGGAGAAAGAUGCCCGUGGAAACUGCAAGAGGAAUCCACAUCGACGCCAUCAAUGCGCCAAGUGUCUCUCAGAUAGUCAUGGAGCCAACAAGUGCAAUGCCGACGCGCCCAAACCCCCUCGCCAGUUUCACAGGAAAGGCAAGGGCAAGGGCAACAAAGGCUACACCUGCAAGGAAUUUGACAUUGAAAAUGGACAACAGUUCGAUUUGACAAGCGACAUUGUCUGGGCCAACGUCAUGUCAGAUAUCCGGACUGGCAAAUAUGUGAGCAUGUACAAGUUGGAUGAGUUUGAAGCCUUGUUGAAACAGCCAGCAGUUGAAUUCCAAGACAUUGUACAAUGCCAAUAUGGGGCGACUACAACAAAGCCCACUACGUUGAUGCUCAACAACAUUGUUGGCUGGAAGUGGAGACAUGAAUGCGAACACCCAAAGCAGAUUUGGAUCAAGCCUAGCACUGGCGAGAGGGUCAGGUCCUCACACCCACCGCUCAAAGGCAAGGAGUGGUUCAUACUGGCGGAAGAUUGGGAUAAGUCGUUGUUGAUGUCGCCACAGCAGAUUAGAGCUCGCGACAAACAGCUCCCAUAUCUGACGAAGGCCGCGCAAGCCUACCCAGCCAACCUGAACAAGGAGUUUGCGGAAGUCAUCAUUGCGAGCUGGAACAAGGCCUCUGAAAGCCGCCAGGGACAGACCGCACCUGCAGAGAUGAUAAAGGUCCACAUGAUUCUCAACAAGUUCCUGGACGAUAGACCAGAAGUGGAGCAAAGCUGCUUGCAAGCCAUCGGUUCGGAUCGACCGGACGCUGGACCAGACAGUUGGCAGUUAUCCGAACUACGGGACACACUCAUGAUGUCCCUAGACACUGGUCAACAGUUCGUACUCAAACCGGGACUCGAUACAAAGUUGGACGCGGGACUGAUUUGGACAAUGGCAAGAGCUUUUGGUGACCCGGAUGCAGACACGGUUUACACUUGGCUCACCGAGGGAGCGCCUGCAGGAAUAGACAAACCUAUCGAGGAUCCGGGUGAGGUGUUCCCACCCUAUGAUCUGGAUGGGACUGAACCGUUGACUGCAUCGCUUCCGGAGCCAACUACACACAGAAAUUAUACUUCAGUGGACAACGAUGAAGCUGCCGGGCCCGAGGUCAACAGAUUGAUUAGCACGGGAUUCGUCCGUGCCUUUGACAGUCUGCCUGAAUUCAGGACAUGGCUUGGUGGCGAUCCUCACUUGUCGAAGUUGGGCAUGAUCACAAAGGUCAGAGACGGCAAGGUCAAGAGAAGGCUGAUUUUGGAUUGCAAGGAAUCCGGGGUCAACGGUAGAGCCAAGAAGUCACACAGGCUCAUCCUACCCCGAGCGACAGACGUGGUUGAGGAUGCGCUCAAACUGUUGGAAAAUUGCAAGGACGAACCGGAGGCCACAAUCGAAUGGUUGAUUUUAGACUUCACUGAUUGGUUCUUCAACGUCCCACUGCACCCGACAGAGCGCAAACAUUUCACCUUGUCCCAUGGCGGGCGAUAUGUGGCAUAUGUCACGCAAGCCCAGGGAUCAGUUAACGCUCCCCUGAUCUGCGGACGAGUCGCCGCCUUGCUGGCCAGGAUGACACAAGGCAUUUUUGGCGUGCUUCGCUAUCGGCUUCAGUUGUACGUCGAUGAUCCCAUUAUCACCGUUGCAGGCACGGCAACACAACGCAACAGAGCCAUGGCAGCAACCAUUGUCUUGUGGGCUGUAUUGGGAGUCAGGCUGGCCUAUAGAAAGGCUGCAAGAGGGAGCGCAGUCACCUGGAUAGGAGCCGAGCUGUCGUUGCACGAUCUUGAGACUAAAGAUCCCAAAGUCCGGGUCAAAGCAAAGCCUGACAUUGUACGAGAGGUUGCUGAUAUGACAGAGGAACAUGCCCGCACCAACGUGACCUCCUACAAGUCAAUGUUAACCUGCGUUGGGAAGCUCAACCACAUCGCUGGACUAGUUGAAGUGGUCAGACCGUUCAUGACGGACCUCUACGGCGUAAUACAUGCAAAGGGCCCAUCACGGGCUCCACCGGGCUGCCUUUGGAACAAACAAUGGCGGCCAGUCACCCUUUGGCUGCUGGCCUUCUUCGCCAACGAAGCGUACUCCAUCCAACGGUUCCAACGCAUAUACCGCCUGCAAGCUUAUCUGGGCCAGGGUCUUGAUCUGCGCAUCAUCACUGAUGCAAGCCCCUGGGGUAUUGGCGGAGUACUGACGAUCAAUGGAGCCUGCGUGGCGUACUUUACCUCAGCCAUGACCAAGGCCGAUGAAAGCCUCUUGCAUCUACAAAUCGGCAGCCCAGAUGGGCAACAGAUCGCAGAAGCAUUGGCCAUGUUGGUAGCUCUACGACUGUGGAGACACUAUUGGCGCCAAUGCGGCAUCAAUCUUCAGAUGAGGUCCGACAGUGUGACUGGCCUCACGCUGCUGAUGAAGCUUCGCACCCGAGUGGGGUCACACGGACUGAACCUCAUUGCCAGGGAAGUGGCACUCGAGUUUGGCAACUCGGCAUACAAACCACGAAUGUUUCAGCAUAUCCCUGGCAUAGCAAACGACAUCGCUGACUGUCUCAGCAGAAUACACCAACCUGGCAAACACUAUGAAGUGCCAGCGAUUCUGCAACGCUGCCGUCAAGAACAGUGUCAGGAGCGGGAUCGCAGUUACUACAUGACCCUGGUUGCCGCACAGCAGAGGGCGACAAUUGGGCACCCAGAUCAUGACACGGUUUCACAGACGGGCAAUGACCCUUGA